UUGCUUUAUAAUAUCACACGUGUAGUGUGGCAGAAGAGAGAGAAUUUGUGACGGAUAAUAUAAUGCUCUCAGUAAGAAUAAGAUGGCAAUUAAACGCGAAACUGCGGAUAAAACGGUGUCAUUAAACAACCCAUGCAAGAUGGCAUAUACUAUGGUAUCAACAACAAAUGGAAUAAAAAAUGAAAUUAAAAAAGGAACGACUAUUAUUACUGCAGAACCCUUUACAUUUGUUUUAAGUUCUCAACAUAGGACUGAACGUUGUGAUUAUUGUUUUCAAAGUGGGAAAAUCUCAAGAUGUUCUGGCUGCCAAUACGUUUAUUACUGCAGUAAAAAUUGUCAGAGGAGAGGAUGGAUAACCCACAAAGUGGAAUGUCCAAAUAUAAAACGAGUACAGCCACGAAUAAUACCUGAUGCUGGUCGAAUGAUGGCAAGAAUAAUUAUCAAACUACAUCAGGGUGGAGCAGACGAACGGGGUUAUUAUACACCAACGAAAUAUAGAACAUUUUAUGACUUGAUGUCGCACGUUUCAAAUAUCAAAGAAGACGUAUCUAAAAUGGAACACUUCACAUCUUUGAGUAUGGUUCUUCUUGAAUUCUUGCCAAAAGACAUGCUACCAGAGCCUAAAGAACUAUUAGAAAUUUUUGGACGUAUGAGUGUAAAUUCUUUUCAUAUACUCGAUACUGAUCUAACUAGCCUGGGAGUUGGGAUUUAUUUAGGACCAUCAAUUAUCGACCACAGCUGUAAACCUAAUGCCACUGCUAUUUUCGAAGGCACUACACUUAUUAUCAGGACGUUAUGCGAUUUACCAACAUUAGAUUGGACGAAAGUUCAUAUAACAUACAUUGACUUACUAAAAGACACUAAAACACGAAGAGCCGAGCUACAACAAUCUUAUUUUUUUUGGUGUGAUUGUGAACGAUGUAAUUCACCUGAAACUAUGGAAAUCUCUGCUGCUUGCCCAAAUAAAACAUGUAUGAAUCCAUGUUCAUCGACUGAUACAAAUUGUAGUAAAUGUGGAGAAAAAUUUCCAGAUGAUUUUAGGGAUGAAUUCGAUAGAGUUUGUGAAUUAUCUGUUUAUCAACUAGAGAGAAUGGCUAAUAUUGCCUAUCUAGAUGCUAGUCGAAUGUGUUUAGAACGACAACAAGGCAUAUUGCACCCUUACAACCUGCUAGUUGUGAGAAUGUUGGAAAUGGCAGUUGCAGCUGCAAUAGAUUUAGAUAGGUGGGAUGAAGCUGAAGUUUUUGCUGCUCAAUUGGUAUCACGAUAUCUGUUUUAUUAUGGUGAAACUCAUCCUAUGACUGGACAAAUGUAUUUCUCUUGGGGAAAGCUUUUAUCUCUUCAAAUGAAAGGUGUUCAAGCUCUUGAAGUAGUAACAAAAGCUGCUCAAAUAAUUAAAGUAGCAUUCGGAGAAAAUCAUUCAAAGAUGAGAACUGAAGUAAAGCCUUUGCUUGAUCAAUUGAUGGCGGAAUAUCAUAUGUCUAAAAAUGGUUACUAAAUUAAUAAAUGUAUGUAUAUCAUUUCAUAUUAUGUACUUAUAAAUUCGAACGACUUUCUAUAUUGUAAUAAAACUAUUUUGUAGUAA